AUGGGAUUUUCAAGUGAGCCAAACGGACACUCACCUGCCACGUCCGGGUCCACCGCGAACGGCCAAUGGGAGUACACGAACGGUAACGGUCAUGCGUCCGCCACCGCCGCCAUCAAUGGUCAGGGCAGAAGAGCUCCCGAGCCUCUGGUUGAGCCCAUCGCCCUUUGCGGCAUGGGACUGCGACUGCCGGGCGCAGUCAACGAUGCCCAAGCCUUCUGGGACCUAUUACUCCAAAACAAGCGGAAUGGGCGAUGCAAGGUACCAAAGACGCGUUACGACGUCGACAACUGGUAUGGCCCUGAAAAUCCGGCCACGUCAGCUCCAAGUUUGGCUACUUCCUCGACCAUGUCGACCUCGCCAACAUGGAUACGUCUUUUUGGUCGGCGACAAAAAAGAGUGCGCUUCCUUGGACCCUCAGCAACGACUCCUGCUCGAGGUCGUGUACGAGGCGUUGCAGACAGCCGGGCAAAGGUUGACAGACCUACGUGGCCGCAAGGUCGGCAUCUUUGUCGGCAGUUUCGAGGGGACUGGUUGGAGCUGGACCAGCGCGAUGUCGAAAAUUUCAAUGGCCAUCGGCAGUCCGGCUCAGGUGACUACAUGGCGGCAAACCGCAUACACUAUGAAUUCGGCUUCAUGGGUCCCAGCGCCGUCAUCCUCAGUGCGUGUUCCAGCUCCAUGAUCGCUCUUCACGAUGCAUGCACUGCCAUCAAUGCCGGAGAGUGCGAAGCCGCCAUUGUCGGAUGUUGCAAUCUCAUCCUUUCGCCGCGCAUGACAGCCACAAUGCAGGAGCUGGGUGUUUCGUCGCCGAGCGGCUACUGCCACACCUUUGACGCCGCCGCCGACGGAUAUGCCCGGGGCGAGGCCGUGUCGGCUGUCUAUCUGAAGAAACUGAGCGAUGCCAUCCACGACGGCGACCCAGUCCGGUCUGUGGUUCGGUCUACCUGCCUCAACGCCGGGGGAAGGUCCUCGACGUUGUCGGCGCCCGUUGCUGCCGCUCAUAAGUCCCAGAUUCGCCGCUGUCAUGAGCUGGCUGGCAUAAGCGACUUUUCGAGGACGGCCAUGAUGGAGUGUCACGGAACAGGCACCCCUGUCGGCGAUCCUAUUGAGGUUCAGGCCGUUGCAAACGUCUUUGGCGAGCAUGGAAUCUAUGUAGGAUCGGUCAAGACCAACCUCGGACAUGGCGAAGGCGCCUCGGGGCUGUCCAGCCUUGUGAAAAUGACGCUUGCCCUCGAGAAGAAGACGAUCCCGGCCAACCUCAACUUCAACACCCCAAAUCCUAAUAUACCAUUCGAGUCGUGUAAGCUCAAGGUGCCAACUGAGACUACGCCGUGGCCCAAAGACCGGGACUUUGUUGUUGGCAUAAACAGCUUUGGUGUCGGUGGAUCCAAUGCCCAUGCACUCCUUGGGUCGGCGGCCUCUUUUGGAACUGGUCUGGCCGAGGAAUCCGCGUUCGAGAAGACCACGAUUGACUUUGGCCUGCGCUCCACGCUGCCCAUCGCGUCACCCAACAACCGCGUCGUCUUCCGCAAGGAUCCCCGCCUGCUGGCGAGCGCGGACCCGGCCGACGAGGAGCUAACAAGAUUCCUACAAGGUGCUGCUGUCAAUACGGCCGUCUUGCGCUCGGAGGAGGCGACGGCCUUACUUGCGCGGAACGUGGGCCGCACGCUGUUUGGCUUUAUGCUGAGGCCCGAGGAUGUGCACGCGCCGACGGCCGAUGUGGGUAUUGAUAGCCUGCUUGGGAGGCUUGUUACAGACGAGGAUGAUCCACAGCAAGUGGAGUAUUUGACGUUUCUGGGGUCAAAUAUCGGACCCGCACAACCCCACUUCAACUAUUAA